AUGAAACAGAAGACAGAGAAGGGGAAACAGGAGACAAAGGUGAAACAGGAGACAGAGAAGGUGAAACAGGAGACAGAGAAGGUGAAACAGGAGACAGAGAAGAUGAAACAGGAAACAGAGAAGGUGAAACAGGAGACAGAGAAGGUGAAACAGGAGACAGACAAGAUGAAACAGGAGACAAAGAAGGUGAAACAGGAGACAAAAGGUGAAACAGGAGACAGAGAAGAUGAAACAGGAGACAAAGAAGGUGAAACACGAGACAGAGAAGGUGAAACAGGAGAAAGAGAAGAUGAAACAGGAGACAGAGAAGGUGAAACAGGAGACAGAGAAGGUGAAACAGGAGACAGAGAAGGUGAAACAGGAGACAGAGAAGAUGAAACAGGAGACAAAGAAGGUGAAACAGAAGACAGAAGUCCUCCCGGUACUUCUGUUGCUGGUAACGCUGUUGUUGUUCAUGGCAUUUCUGUUGCUGGUGAUUCUGUUGUGGUUCCUGGCACUUCUGUUGCUGGUGACUCUGUUGUCGUUCCUGGCACUUCUGUUGCUGGUGACUCUGUUGUGGUUCCCGGCACUUCUGUUGCUGGUGACUCUGUUGUGGUUCCCGGCACUUCUGUUGCUGGUGACUCUGUUAUGGUUCCCGGCACUUCUGUUGCUGGUGACUCUGUUGUGGUUCCUGGCACUUCUGUUGCUGGUGACUCUGUUGUGGUUCCUGGCACUUCUGUUGCUGGUAACGCUGUUGCUGUUCCUGGCACUUCUGUUGCUGGUGACUCUGUUGUGGUUCCCGGCACUUCUGUUGCUGGUAACGCUGUUGUUGUUCCUGGCACUUCUGUUGCUGGUGACUCUGUUGUUGUUCCUGGCACUUCUGUUGCUGGUGACUCUGUUGUGGUUCCUGGCACUUCUGUUGCUGGUAACGCUGUUGUUGUUCCUGGCACUUCUGUUGCUGGUGACUCUGUUGUGGUUCCCGGCACUUCUGUUGCUGGUGACUCUGUUGUCGUUCCUGGCGGUCUCGCUGCUGAGGCGCUCAUCAUUCUGUAUAAUUAUGUCGUCUGA